AAACACUGGGAGGCACUAAGCACUCAGCACUGGAUACAUUUUUGGCUGGCAGGGAGGGAGGAAGGGUCUAGGCGAGAUCGAGAGCAUCAGAGGCAGAUCUGUUGGAGAAAGAACCAUUUCCCAUAUGACCACAGAAGCAUUAUUCCUGCCCCCUUUUGACUCCAGGCUGGAGCAUAGCAACCAGAAAAGCUCAGACAGGGAUGAAUUCAGGCAGAUGGUGGGAACCAAGGAUGUGGUCAAGGAUGUUUCCAUAACCACUGAAGCCAAUCACCCCUUGAUAACCCCACUUGAAGAUGCCAACAGUCUCAUUGCCAAAAAAAAUACACUAGAAGAAUCAUCCAACUUAAUACAAAAGGAUGCCCCUGUGGAGAAAGCCUCCUCAUCUCCAGUCAUGCUUUCGCAAGGAAUUAAUAUGGCACCUGUCUACAAACAACUAGACCAAGGGCAAGAGAAUAGCCACAUCAAAAUGCCAAAUGUCUGCUCAGAGCAGCAGAAAGAAGAAAACACUUCAUGCCAGCUGGCACAAGGAGAGAAUGGCAGCUGUCUUGAAGGUCAUGACAGUACUUUAAAUGUUUUUCCAGAAUUGAAGCACUCAAAUGGAAUCUCAAUACAAGAGGUCCAAGGAGUGGAGAGCGAGCUGUAUCACUGUUCUGAUAAAGGUCCUGUUGUGCCUGAUGAUUUCCUGAAACCUUUGGAAUGUGUCCAAGAGACUAAAAAGAAUCCUCUUGUUUAUGAUGAAACUGCUUCAGAUAUUGCUUCAGAGCAACAGACCUCCAAUGACAUCUCUAAUCAACCAGACCAAAGGAUAGAAGAUGACACUGUAGAUCAUUCUGUCCAGUCAUUUGAUGUGAAUUCAGAUUCACCAGAGAAACCAGAGCUUUCUAAUAGCCUCAAACAAAUUCCUGCCUGCCAAGAGAAGAGCGAAGGUCUUACUUCACCUAAAUCUCUCAACUUGUUGUGUCUGCAGACCAAUUCUCAAAUCCAAACAGGGGAGGGAGAGUGUUUUAUCUCCAAUCAUUCUAAUGUUGAUUUGACAGAUGAACGUCAGGGAACAUUUCAUCCUACCAACAUUCAUGAAGAAAUAAAGUCAAGUGGCCAAAAAAUUACAGAACCAGGUAAUGAAGAAAAAAUGCCCAAUAGAGAGAAUGAUCAGUUACUUUUAGCUUCAGAAGACUACCAGGAUCAUCUCAAUGGGCAGUUUUUGAGAAAAGCCUUGGAAGACAAUUCCCAGGCAACUGAUGAGCAGGUCACCCAAGAUUCUUCCUGCAGUCCAAAUUCAUCUUCCCUGGCAUUAGCAGGCUCCCAGCUAGAUGUUGACUUCUGCUGCCAGCAGAGGGCAUCAGAUACAGGUUGUGACACUCUACCUCAGAAAGUGUCGGCACAGUCUCCUGUGGCAACCAAUGACUCCUGUGGACCUGCCCACCAGGGCCUGGCUCCUGUAUGUGACGGGCAAGACAGGGGAGGAUUGGCUAUUCAUGAGUCAAGAGGAGCCGGCAAUAAUAAUCAGUCCCCGGGUGCGGUUGGAGCAGAGUGUGUGCUGGAAUCUGAGAGGCAAAAAGAAGCGACCAGGGACUCUGAGCCAGGAGAAAAUACCAGCCAGCCAGAGGGAACAGAGAAUCUGACUGGUGCCAACAAACUGGACAAAGCAUUUCCUGACUCACAAAGCCUGACGGGUACAAGUGAUCCAACUUGUCCCAAAGAGGCAGCUGGUGCAAUGGUUUUAGCCAGUGCCGAAGAUCUGCUAGAUACCAGGAACAGAGUAGACUCUCGAGGUUUGGCUAAUGCCUCUUUAGCUAAUGGGUUAGGUAUUGUUACAGAGCUUUCUGGCUUGAGUCCAACACCAAGAAAGGGAUUACUACUUGAUGUUGCAGACCCCACCACUACCAGAGAUCUGGUGAGCCCAGCAGAUCCAACUCUUGCUGCAUCUCCUGCUGAGCAACACUUGGUGACUGAAGAAUCAGACUGCCCUACAGACCUGAUGGGAAAUAAUACCUAUGAGCCUGAGAACCCUUCUGAGACCCCAAUUGAGCGAGAGAUCCGUGUACAUCUGGAAAGAGAAGAACUUCUACGAAGGGAGAGAGGCCUGGGCAGUUCUCGAGGUACCCAGGAAUAUGUGGAAGUGUGCAUCAAACCCAUUUUGAACCAAAGUAUGACAUCCUCCCUAAUGCCAAAGGAGAAGGAGCGUCAGUGGGCUGGUGUCCAGAUGCAGAGGGAGAUUCAACGGGAGUGUCGGCGUGAAGAGGACCUAGUGCAGCUGGGCAAAGUGAGAGGCACCUAUGACCGUGGUACACCCCAAGAGCUGCAGGAGAAGAAGAUGGUUUUUGAGCAACAUUCCCACCCUGAGACACCAGACUUCAAAAAGAUGGUACAUGGCAGCAGCAACAACAGCUGCACAGAAAAUGCAAGGGGACCAUCUUUUGCCGAGGCCAAUCGGAUGUCCAAUAUGAUCAUCCUGGACUCUGGUCUUUUAGCAGAACCAAAGCAGCAUAUGCCAGGGACAGCCACCUUGGCUAGUUCCUUUGUCUGCUUGCGUGCCAAAAGCUCUCAGUCUCUGUUGGAGCAGGAGGUCCGGGAGGUCCAGGAAAGAGAACGGGAGCUGCAGAGGCAGAGGUUCGCCCUGUAUGGCUCACCAUUGCCUUGUCAGCCAGCAGAAGACUCCAAUCAAGCCGAGGAAGUUCCCUCCCCACCAGAGAGACCUUCCUGCAAGAAACUGGAGGUCACUUGGCCCCCUCAAAGCACUUCAGAGAACAUUCAGGUGAAUGGCCUCCACCAGGUGGAGAGAAGUCCUCGACUCCUGCGUCGCCAGAGAAGUGCCUUAAUCCAGCGUUGGGAGUCUGGAGCUAUUGGCAAUGAGGAGAACCAGGAUUAGGGGCUACUACAACCUGAAGAAGCAAUAAGUUGACCUCUUUUCAUAAGACACACUGGGGUUUUUCAAGGAGUGCCCCGCACAAGCAUAAGUGCCAUGUGCAAGCAUCUCUCUGGAGCCCAUCAUGCACUUCUUCUAUUCAGCCUUUUGAUUUGACAGAAAUGUUCCAAAGCCUGUCUGCAUUAUCAGUUUGAUCAUAAGCAGAAAGGAUGUUUGUGCUUGGUUGCAUUCUUCUGAGAUUUAAAUUGGAGCGAGAAGGAAAGACUAUGGUUAGACUAUGAGCUGUUCUGAGGGCUUAUAUAAGCAGAAAGAAGGGGUAUAAUUUUAGUAAUCAAUAAAUCAAAUUAAGCUCCAAAUCCAAAACAUUGUGGCUAUUAGUUUUGUAUAUAUGUAGGGACACCUGGAUGGACACCGAUGUCUUCUUUAAAUCACUUUUCUAUUCAUAACUUUUUUUCCCCUACAUUUUACAGCUUUGAUCCACAGGGUCCCACCACAUGCAAUUUUUUUCAAGUAGAUCCAUGGAUGCGCAGGUACAUUCCGAGCAAGGCUGGCUGCCAUGAGGAUGUCUAGGUAUACAAGACACAGGAUUACCUUUCGGUUUGGGGGCUUGGCAAUUAACUGAUUAGCUCUCUGGGCUGAUUAUGUCUCUGGAUACAUAUCCUCAAAAAGAUAUUAAGAUCACCAGUUCCCACGUGACUGAUUUUGUCCCCAGGUUUGCUCGUAUUCAACAUGCUGCAUGUGGAUUUUGCCCUUGAGUAUUUAUACAGCACAAAAACAUAUGAUAGGAGUAAGCCCUUCAUAUUACUCCAAUUCAUAGGGGAGAAACCACAACAAAAUACAUAUACCUUUGCAAAGCUCCUUUCUGCUGCUUGUUUUACAGGAGAUGCUGGCUUCUGUUCAUUUUUUUUAAAAAAUUAAAGAUUAUUUUGUGUAGGAGUAACCCCAAAUUGCGGGCGUUUAUACAUUCAGCAAGAAUCCUGGUCUUUAAGAAUUCUUUCUGUGGCCCUUAAAAGAAGAGUUGGCUGAUGUUUUUUCCUUACUGAGAAAAUGAAGGGCAGUCAUUUUUCCCCCAGAGCUAAAAGCCAUUUAAGAGAAAGAGUGAACUUGCUUAAUUAACUGUUAUUUAAAAGACUAAGUCUAUAAUAGCAUUUCCUUCUAUAAGUAAAUGGGAUUUAUUGAAUUAACAGGGCAUUUAAUGCACAAUAAAAAACUAAGUGGCAGAGGAGCUUCUCUGCCUUGACUAUUAUGUCUAGGCUAUGUUUCUGCUUUGUGGCAGCAGAGAAAUGAUUGUGUCAACAUCUCCAGUUUAAAAAGGUGGGGAAGGAUCCUAUUUCAUCGGGCUGGAGGGAGAGUCUUCCACAAAGGCUUGGUUUGCUGAAGUGACUUUACUUGUCUGACUCAUAAAAGCACAUUUUAUGAGGAAGUGACAGGUGGUUUAGAAAUAUGUACAAGUUGAUCUCACAGGUUCAGUACUCACCAAAUUCUCCACUGGCCAUACCUUUUGCUCAGUUCUGGCGCCUUUCUGGGAUCUGAGUAUGAGAGGCAGUAUUUGAUCGAGUAAAAAAAGUGAACGACCCCCAAAACCAUACUUUCAACCAGUAGAUUUAUUCCUAGCAGUGCCAAAUCUAAUGCAGCAAAUGUUUCUUAAGAAUUUAGCCUUUAUAACCCUACCAUUUCUUAAAAUCAAUGUGAAAGAAUAGCUUUUGUUAGCGCCCCUUGUGUAACGCUGACCUGGCCUCAGGACAGCUCAAUAGACACAUCCAAACUCUUUAAAGCACUCCUUCCCUUCGGAAACAUUGUUUUUUUUUACUCAGACUUUUAAAUGGAUAAAAAAUGAUUGUAUGAUCUCUAUAUUUGUUGCUAACCACGCUUUGAUAGUUGGCAUUCUGUAAAUGUUUAAAUAAAUAAAAGGACAUUCUGCAGUGUAGAACUGAAAAAAAGCCUUUUCCAGCCUAAAAUGGAAGGUUGGAGUUGGGAUGCUUAAAUCCCAGAACUGCCACUCCUUCUGUUUUUUAGUUUUUGAGAAGUCAUAACCAAGUGUAAUCUUUAAUACUAAUAAUGAAUCUCCCAGGCUUUUCUCUACACAAACAUACACACACACAUGCCCACAUCCCCUUCCUAGGUUUUCUGUACAUGCAUAUUCUGGAGAGAGAGACAAGAAUAGCACUGGGAGUUAAAGCUGGAGAACAGUUUCUUGAAAUGUUUAAAGAGUGUAUCAAUCACGGGUGCUAUAGCUACCCUAGGGAGAGAGUGAGCCUGUCAUAAAACGAUGGCAGUAAUGAGUGAGAGUGGUCCCAAAGCAAAAUGUGGAGCAGAGAGCCAACUGGGUAGUAUGCCAGCCGUAGGAGCAGAGCAGGUGGGUGACUGAGAAGGGAGGGACCAAUGCUGUCUGUAGGGAACCAGAAGAAAAAGAUGCCACCCAGCUCAUCUUUAUAUACUACAUGUAUGUAAAAUAUGUGAUUUUAGACAUUAUACCAUUUGCAACAUUUAUAUCAUGGCAUUGUGACAUAUGGAUACUAUAGUCUCUUUUACUUGAUGUUUAUGGCGGGACUAUGUCCUUUCCUCUCUUACAUACAGUAUAUAUGUUAUCGUUUUAACCAUUUAGUCAUGUCCGACUCUUGGCGACUUUAUAGGCAAGUGCUCUCCAUUCUACCCUGUCAAGCGCAGCUUCUUUCAGUUGCUGGAUAUUCAUCUUUGUAUCAGUUUUGAUGUUAUCAAACCAGAGUGUUCUUUGCUUGCCCCUUCUUUUUGUCCACUAACCAGUCAUUGACUUCUCCAAUGAAUUUGCAUGCAGGACAUGGCCAAAGUAAAUCAGUCGUAGUCUUGUGAUUACAUAUAUAUAUGCUCCUCCUGUAGAAUAAUGUGGGAAUGGAUGUAAUGUUCUGGUAGGUAUUUCUUCGCAAAACAGGAAAUAAAAAUGUGUGUAAGCCUC